UGUGGUUAUGAACACACUCUGGCCCUCGACAGCGAUGGCCGGGCGUACGCCUGGGGUGACAAUAAUUGCGGUCAAAUUGGCUGCCGAUAUAAAAGCUAUUAUAUUUGGACUCCAAUUGAGAUAGAAUUCAGUAAUAAUUACAAAAUACAAUCCAUUUAUUGUUGUUAUAACUCUUCAUUUGCCAUCACAUCCGAUGGCCAUGUCUUCAGUUGGGGUAAUAAUUAUGACCACGAAUUGGGACACAAUAUAAACGAUGAUAAACAAGAAAAUGAAAAUACUAUAUUAUAUCCAACUAAAAAUGAAGAUAAUUCUAAUAUAAACGAUAACUUAAAUGAUAGUAAUUUUAAAACCCAAUUCAUUGAGAUGUCAGCCAUAGGUUCGGGUGGUUUUGGGACUGUAUUUAAAGUAAAGCACAGAUUAGAUGAUAAGAUAUAUGCCGUUAAAAGAUUACAAUUUGGGGAUUUUAAUGAAGAAAAUAAACUAAAAGUUUUAAGAGAAGUGAAAAGUUUGGCAAAACUAGAUACAGAUUUUGUGGUCAAGUAUUACAACUCAUGGCUUGAGUCCAAUCAUCUCUAUAUUCAGAUGGAAUUCUGUGCGCAAAAUCUUCGAUCACUUCUCACAGACAAAGCCAUUGUCUUCGCACGACAACCGGAAGACGAGAUGAAUAUUUUUGAGUAUUUCAUUUCGUGUCAAAUAUUUACAGAACUCUUAGAGAGUGUCCAAUAUCUUCACGAAUCUAAUCCAGUGAUCAUUCAUCGGGAUCUCAAACCGGGAAACAUAUUAAUUGAUCCCAACUUUAAGUGCAACCGUUGUGUAAAACUGUGUGACUUUGGUUUGGCCACCGCUCACAACACCGAUGGACACACUGACAGUCGAUACGAGCACUCAGUUGUGGGCACUCGAAGAUAUAUCGCACCCGAAGUAUAUUCCGGUAAAUAUAAUCACAAAUCAGACAUUUAUAGUCUUUAUAUUAUCGGCGAACAGUUGUUUGACAUUGACUUUCAAUCUUCACAAACAUUUCAAGCAAAUGAAUCGGUUUUAAAAUCAUAUCUAUUAUGUAUAUAUCGGACACUUCUGGCAAUGAUGUCAACACCCUUUUGGAGACAAAGACCUGAGUGUCGGCAAGUGUUGGCCAAACAUAAGGAGUGGUCUAUCGAUAAGACUGUUGUCACGAAACAAAAAGAAUUCAAUUCAAGAUUGAUCGGGAUUAUCACCGUA